AUGAUCUUUAAAAACCUAUCCAAAUUAUCACCAAUUUCAAUUCACAGAAACAAUCAAAAAGUAUCAGUUCAAAGUUAUUCUGAUGUAUCAAGUGAUCCUGUUAAUUCUGUUGCUUGUAGGCGUCGUCGUGGAUGUAACAACAUCGAUAUCGACAUUGACAUUGAUAUUUGUAUUGACAAUGGAUCCGACUACCAUGUAAAGGUGAUCAUCAUUAAAUUUAAUAAAUGGACCCAGCAACCAUAA